UAUAUUUAGGUAUGUCCUUGUCUUCCCCAUUGGUAAAUGUCCGGUCUGUGUCUGUGUCUGUGUGCAGUCGCUAACAUAACAUCAAUCAACGGACCGGCCUUUAAUUUUUCAGACUGCAACGUGUAAAAUAACUACUACAACUGUAAAAAGUCAACGAUGUUUCUGAAGGUGUUUAGAUUGGUUGUAUUGGGAUUGUCAUUGUCAUAUGUGACGGUUAAUAAUCCCGUUCAAACCCUGGUAGCAUUUGCUGGAAUUGGUUAUGUAGUAACAUAUACAUUAAUUCCAAGAUUAACUACUAGCUUUAUUAAUGUAGGACUUAAAGGUAAAGACCUUUCUAAACCUCCUCCAGUAAAUGAAAUAGCUGAAUCUAUGGGAGCUGUACCUGCAAUCACAUAUUUAUUUUUAAUGUUUGGACUUAUACCGUUUAUAUUCUUUAAAUAUUUAGUAUCAUUCAAUUCAUUAUCUAAUGAUGAUAGUAUAUCUGAUAAUUAUGCGACUCAAUAUAAUGCAUUAGCUAAUAAUCGAUUAUUUCCUCAUAAUAAAUUAGCUGAAUAUUUAAGUGCAGUAUUAUGUUUACAAAGUACUACAAUGCUUGGAUUUCUUGAUGAUUUAUUUGAUAUUAGGUGGCGUCAUAAAUUCUUUCUUCCUGCUAUUGCAUCUUUGCCAUUAUUAAUUGUAUAUUAUGUUGAUUUUAGUGUUACUUCAGUAGUGGUUCCUGCCUUUGUUUCUAACUUACCUGGUGGAGAAAUUUUCUUACAAUUUAUUAAUCAAUUAAUUAUAAUAGGUAAUUUCAUUGUUAGUAAAAUUACUGGAUUAAAUUUCAGUACUCUUAAUGAAUUUGUUGUCCCUCGUGAAUCUCCAAAAUUACUUGAUUUAGGAUUCUUUUAUUAUGUUUAUUUGGCUUCAGUAUCCAUAUUUGCUCCUAAUUCAAUUAAUAUCUUAGCAGGAGUGAAUGGUUUAGAAGUAGGUCAAUCAGUUAUACUUGGUGUAGUAUUUCUUGUUAAUGAUUUUUGUUACUUACUUUCUCCCAAUGUAUCACAAGCAGCUUAUGAUUCUCAUUUAUUUUCGGUCAUAUUUAUAAUUCCAUUCUUAGGAGUUUCAUUAGCUUUAUUACAAUAUAAUUGGUUCCCAGCUAGAGUAUUUGUAGGUGAUACUUAUUGUUAUUUUAGUGGGAUGGUAUUUGCUAUAGUAGGGAUUCUUGGACAUUUCUCUAAAACUUCAUUAUUAUUCUUAGUACCCCAGAUUGUUAACUUUAUUUAUUCAGUUCCUCAAUUGUUUAAUAUUGUACCUUGUCCUCGUCAUAGACUUCCUAAAUUUAAUCUUGAUAAUGGACUUAUGUACCCCAGUUAUGGUAAUUAUAGAGAAGCUUCAACUUUUGGUAAAUUACUCGUAAGAUCAUUAGAGAAGUUUGGUUUAAUUAAACUUGUUAGAGAUCCAUCAACUAAAGAAAUCAUUCAAUUUUCUAAUAUGACUAUUAUUAAUUUACUGUUGGUUUGGGUUGGUCCACUUCGAGAAGAUAUACUCUGUUUGUUACUCUUAGUUGUUCAACUUGUAAUUGGCUUAAGUAUGAUUGCAGUAAGACAUACAGUGGGUCCAUGGCUAUUUGGUUAUGACAACCUCUCCUGGGGAGUUAAGUAGUUUGUAAUUAAAAAAUUUAUAAAUAAUCUAAAAAUAAU